AUGUCUUCCCCCGCUCCUGAAGAAUCUCCGGUUUCUCCACCACCACCAUUGGAGUCAUCGCCGCCUCCAGCAGCGUCCCAGCCCCCUCCCCCACCCCCAGCAAAGGUCUCUCCACCACCACCACCUUCUAAAGAAAUCUCACCCCCACCCCCAGCAGAGGUCUCUCCACCACCAAAAACAACACCGCCACCACCUUCUGAUGAAAUGUCACCCCCACCGCCACCACCUUCUGAUGAAAUCUCACCCCCACCGCCACCACCUGAAGACUCAGGUUCUUCACCCCAACCGCCUUCCUCUUCUGAUGGAAAUAAGUCACUAACCCCCCCUCCCAAAAAAAAUGAUAAUGGUGGUUCUCGGUCGCCUCCACCACCUUCAUCAUCAUCCAAGUUUCACAAUUCGCCGCCUCCACCACGACCACUAGGGCCAUCAAGUGAUUCAUCAUCAAAUAACAGCACUAAAUCAUCUUCAGGCAAUGAAGAUGGAACUAACCUUGUACCUAUUAUAGCAGGAGUCGUAGUUGGAGUAGGGGUUUUAUUGCUGCUUGCCCUGCUUGUAUUUCUCUGUGCAUGCAGAAAGAAAAAGAAGAGACAUUAUGAUUACUACAACGAUCACUCUCUAGCACCCAAAGCCACAGGUGGCCCUUAUUUCAACGCAGCACCUCCUCAACAUCAUGCUAGUAAUUGGCACAAUGAAAGCAAAUUCGGAGAGCAAGUUGUAAAUCUCCCUCCACCUCCCGGCGGAGGACAUGGAACUUGGUCAACACCACCAUCUCAUGGUGCAAUUAUGUCUAGUGAAAUGAGUUCCAGUUACUCUGGCCCACACGGUCCGGCAUUGCCUCCCCCGUACCCAUCACCAUCAUUGGCUCUUGGGUUCACCAAGAGCAGCUUCAGCUAUGAAGAAUUAGCAGCAGCAACUGAGGGAUUUUCUCAAGCUAAACUACUAGGGCAGGGAGGUUUUGGCUAUGUCCAUAAAGGGGUGUUGCCUAAUGGAAAGGAAAUCGCAGUUAAGAGUCUCAAAGCUGGUAGUGGACAGGGGGAUCGUGAAUUUCAGGCUGAGGUUGAAAUUAUUAGCCGUGUCCAUCAUCGCCACCUUGUGUCCCUUGUUGGUUAUUGCAUUGCAGGAGAUAAAAAGCUGUUGGUUUACGAGUUCGUCCCCAAUUCCACCCUUGAAUUUCACCUUCAUGGUAAGGGUCGUCCGACCAUGGACUGGCCUACUAGGCUCAAAAUUGCCCUGGGAUCAGCCAAAGGACUUGCAUAUUUGCAUGAAGACUGCCACCCACGAAUUAUCCACAGAGAUAUUAAAGCGGCAAAUAUUCUGCUUGACUACAGUUUCGAAGCUAUGGUGGCAGAUUUUGGAUUGGCCAAGUUAUCUUCAGACAACUAUACUCAUGUAUCGACUCGUGUCAUGGGAACAUUUGGGUACUUGGCUCCAGAAUAUGCUUCCAGCGGCAAGCUUACCGAGAAAUCUGAUGUAUUCUCCUUCGGUGUCAUGCUAUUGGAACUAAUAACUGGACGUCUCCCUGUGGAUAUCUCUGGGGACAUGGAUGACAGCUUGGUAGAAUGGGCUACACCUUUAUGUGCAAAAGCGCUAGAAGACGGAAACUACAAUGAGCUGAUUGAUCCAGCUUUGGAGGGCAAUUACAAUCCCCAUGAGGUGGCUUGCAUGAUAGCAUGUGCUGGUGCAUCAGUUAGUUAUUCAGCAAAGAGGCGGCCGAAAAUGAGCCAGAUUGUACGAGCACUUGAAGGUGAAGUCUCCUUGGACGAAGGGAUAAAACCUGGCCGAGGUUUUAUCUUCAGCUCCGCUUCCAGUUCUGAUUUUGAACAAAGCUCAUAUAGUACAGAUAUACGGAAGUUUAGGAGGACGGCAUUAGACGGCAUCGAUUAUGCAAGCAGUGAAUUUGAUCACACGAGUGAAUAUGGGCUGAAUCCUUCCUCUUCGAGCAGUGAUGAAAUGACGAAGAGUCAGAGACGCGGUCCUUGAGCAUUUUCAAACUUUCAAGACCAUCGGAACUAAUUUCUAUUUGAGUUUAUACGUUAUGAAGAGCAGGAUUAUCUAGAACAGUCUAUAACAUGUUUCAAGCCAUUUUUAGGGUGAGACAUUUAUCCAGGUGUGACUGACUUUUUACCAUGAAUAACUGCAAUUGUUUAGGUGUGGCCGGCGCCAACAGUGUAUUAAUAUCUUAAAAAAAAGAUGAUGAUGGCGGCACAAUUUGAACCAUUACAUUUUUGCUUGUAUUUUCCAUCAUAGAACUUUAUUCGAAAAAAUACUAGUUACGAAGCAACAUCAACCAGCCCCAUAUAGGAAACUUCCUUGGCAAAAAUUCUUCGAAAUUCAUACUCCAGAGGCUAGCACUGACAAUCCAGGCAUGCAGGAAUGGUCCUUGGCACUCAGGCAUCGAGAUUAUGUAGGCAAAUUAACACUAGCAAGGGACAUAAGAUCUUGAAAAAGAUUCCAUGGAUUAAACUAGGCAAAAAAUAAACAGUAUGCAACCACAUCCUCGAGUUAUCUAGCAAGGAAAUGGUAGAUGUCCGGCAUUAGUUUUGAGGUAUGAUAUAGGAAUCUAGGGUGGGGGGGAUGCUUGAAGAAAACAAAGAUUUUUCAUUAAAUAAAGGUACAGGAUACAACAACUGGUAAGCACAAAUUAAAUAGGUAACUUUGAUACCGUUGCCAGAUAUAACAUGAACCGCCACUUUUACCAUUAAGAUCAAACCUCAUGCAAUUUUUCCAUUUCCUCAUCAAUUUUCACAUGAGAAUUA